AUGCUCCUUCCUUCCCUCCUCCCGACAUUGACUGCCGCUGACUUCUUCCCUCUCACUUCGACCAUCGUUACAUGCCCUUCCCGAUCGUCGACAUUGAUCAAGGCAAUAGUAGGCACGCCAUCUCCGAAGUUAUGUAUACCACUGGCUUUUAAUUUCACGUAUUCGGUAGCUUCUCUUUAUGGAGUGAUUAAUGAAGAUGCACUACAGCAGGCCCUAGCUGCUGCAGUCAGCUGCACAAUUUUCUUGAACCUGAAAUGUGAAGUUGUUGAUCCUGAUGGUCUACUGAACCAAUUAAGGUUUUUAAAGUCUAUGAAUGUUGAUGGAGUAAUGGUUGAUUGCUGGUGGGGUAUAGUUGAAGCACAUAUAAACGGUUAUUUCAAAUGGUGCGUGAGCUUAAGCUCAAGUUACAGGUUUCGUGAAUUCUCAGAUGUGGCAUUCAGAGUUGCUGCAGAUGAUUGUGUAGCUUCAUAUAGUGGAACUGGAAUCGUGCACUGUGCUUCAGCAUUUGGUGAAGAUGAUUACCGUGUUUGUUUGGAAAAUCAAAUCAUUCAUAAGGGAGAAAAUCUUGUUAUGGCAGUUGAUGAUGAUGGAUGCUUUACAGAAAGAGUUAUUGAUUUCAUUGGUCAAUAUGUCAAAGAGGCAGAUAAAGAUAUCAUUCAAAUAAGAGCAAACUGGUCAAAUCUGGAAGCUUUACUCAUUCAUAUCCAUUUUGUUGGAGAUCCGAUACUCCUCUCAUCAAUAGAGCAGUUCCAGCUGCCUGAUCCAGAUCAUGAAAAAGCACCUACUAUACCUGAUAAAGAGAUUAAGGAACAUGGUGAGAAAGAAAAAGACACAUCAGAAUACACAGAACAAAGAGAACAUGAUCAAGAUGAUAAAUAUUGUGAUGUGACACAUCAUUUUUCCCAAAAUAAACCCCCACGUACUCUUGAAGACUUUGUAGCUGAACUCUUUCAUCAAGAUGUACAUGGCCAAAUGCUUUGUCUUCCUGAGAAGGUGAAGGAAAGAUUGAGCAACUCAGAUGAUUACCAGUCAUUUUUGAAGUGCAUUGUAGAGUAUUACACAAAGAGUAUUACUCGGCCACAAUUUCAAUCAAGGGUAGAUAGUUUGCUUGGAGCAUAUCCGGAUAUUGUGGAAGAAGUCAAUGAGUUUAUAGAUCGCAGUGAAAAGACAAAUAGCUCUUCCCCAUGA